AUGGUUAAUGUCGAAAACCCCAUAAUUGUUGAGCAAAAUUACUGUCCCGAUGACCAAAAUUGCCAUAAUCAGGGAAGAUACUUGCUCUGCACUGCAACUUUAGCCGUCCAGUCAUUCAAAAACCCGGCCUUAACACUUCACAUUGAUGGCACUCUUGUAGCUCCAUCUAAUUAUAACGUCAUUGGAAAUUCUGGUACCUGGAUAAAUUUCCAAAGAGUAACGGGAGUUUCCGUCAUUGGUGGAACCCUAGAUGGCCAAGGGGCUAAUUUGUGGGCUUGCAAAAAUUCCGGCAAGAGUUGUCCAACCGGAGCAACGACACUGGCAUUCUACAAUUCAAAAAACAUCAUGAUCAAUGGAUUAUCUUCAAUAAACAGCCAGAAGUUCCACAUUCUGGUUUAUGGAAGCCAAAACGCCAAGCUGGUGGGAGUGAAGGUUUCAGCGCCAGGAAACAGCCCGAACACAGAUGGAAUUCAUGUGGAGAAAUCCACAGGUGUCACAAUUAUGAACUCAAAAAUAGGCACCGGCGAUGACUGUAUCUCUAUAGGCCCCGGCACCUCCAACCUGUGGAUCGAAAACGUUGCCUGCGGCCCUGGCCAUGGAAUAAGCAUUGGGAGUCUAGGGUGGGAACUACAAGAACCUGGAGUGCAAAAUGUGACAGUUAAGUCAGCUACAUUUACAGGAACACAAAAUGGGGUGAGGGUGAAGACAUGGGCCAGGCCAAGCAAGGGGUUUGUUAAAUAUGUUCUUUACCAGCAUCUUGUAAUGGUUAACGUCGAAAACCCAAUAAUUAUUGACCAAAAUUAUUGUCCCAAUCACCAAAAUUGUCCUCAUCAGGUUUCGGGUGUAAAGAUUAGUGAUAUAACUUAUCAAGACAUACAUGGGAGUUCGGCAACCGAAAUUGCAAUGAAGUUUGACUGCAGUAAAGGAAAUCCAUGCAGUGAUAUUAACUUGGAAGACGUUAAGCUGACCUACAAAAAUGAACCGGCUCAUUCUUCAUGCAUUAAUGCCGAUGGGAAGACUUCUGGUUUAGUUCAACCCAACAACUGCUUGUAUAAUUAG